CCAAGCGCCUUCAAAACACUGCUGCCCUCAAUCCUCCGUGAAUCUCCGCUUCCUGUCUUCUUCUUUUGCGCUUAUUUUCCCACACCGUUCCACAUUUGUUUACCUACUUGGCGCUUUUUCAGUUUUUUUAAUCUUCAGUUUUAAUAUAAUGCAGCUGCUUUCCGUAAAUUCCUCGCAGAACUGGAUUUGUCCUGAUAUUGCUCUCGCAGACGGCAUCCUUCUGUUGUUUGCUUGUUUGGUUGCUUUCGGUGGAAAUGGAUUGAUUUAGAAAGCCGUAUAAAUGCACCUGCCGUCGAGGAGAGACUCUGCUUUUAAAAUCGAAGAGGUGUGUGUGCCCUGGGUGCAGCCUGGCCUGUGGCGUGGUGGCGAUGAAGAACCCGGGAGCAGCAGACAGCAGCCGGCUGGUCGGCCUGCUGGAGGCCGCUCUGGUCAGAGAGGCUCGCCUGUGGAAGGCGCCUGUCUUCAAGAGCGGAUGCACCCAGGGCGCUGACAUCUCUUCAUCCCAACAUCAGGAAGUGAUCCUGUGGCUCCGAGAAAUGAGCACGCUGUUUCACUUCUGUCCGGAGACCUUUGCACUGGGAGUGUGCGUCCUGAACCGGCUGCUGUCCACCGUAAAGGCUCAACCAAAAUACCUGAAAUGCAUUGCGUUUACCUCGCUGGUCCUGGCUGCCAAAAUCAACGAGGAAGACGAGGUAAUAGGUUCCGUUAAAGACCUGGUUGUGCAGAGCGGAUGCAGCUUUUCAACAGCAGAGAUUCUUCGCAUGGAGAGGAUCAUUCUGGACAAGCUGCACUGGGACCUGUACACUGCCACAGCGGUCGACUUCAUUCACAUAGUAAGUUAACAGUUCAGCAGGUAGACGAACAAA